GAAAUCAAAUGAAAAAAUAGAACGAAGACCGAAUCCGAGAGAGAGCGAGAGAGAGAGAGAGAGACGAAGAAGUAGAAGAGAGCAAGCUGUGAAGUUGCUCAUCGAAUAGUUACAGUGAAAGCACAGUCCCUACGACCAAAUCACUUGUCUCUUUCUGUAAUUCUUCAAUUUGAAACAUUGGAAUCGAUUUCCUAUUAUACAAAGCCCUAGCAAUUCUUGUGAAAUCAAGAUUAUAUUUGAUUUCCAUCGACAAUUAAGUAUUCCAAUUAAGUAGCUGACCUGGGUUUAUUUUUCCCUUAACACAGUUGACAUCUUGAAAGGCUUCCAUGGCAGGCAAUGGCCUGCCAUCUUUGGGUCGUGUGAAGCUCAGUGAUCUGAUACCUUCUGAAGGCCUUCCUUCUGAUUUGUACAAAUUGUCAGUUUCGACUUUGUCGCAAUCACUGGCUCAAUAUUCUGCUGCUAUCAUUCAAUUACCACCCACUGAUGCUGCUCUUUUGAGGUCGUGUUUGGAAUCUGCUCGUCUCUACUUCCAUCAAAGACCAUCCUAUCCAUCUGCGGACAUGAUUCAUACGAAUAACUCCCGUGAAUGGUGCAAAACCUCUGGCUAUUAUGCAGAUCCUCAACUGUGGCAAGAAACUUAUGAUUUCAGACCUGGCCUGACUCCCAUGGAGCCUAACAAUGAAAUGGAAUUUGCUCCUUCUGGUUUGGCUGAUAUAUUUGUACUGCUUGGGAAAGCUGCCAGAGAUAUUUUGGAUGCCAUAAGCUUCUACCUGAAUUUGCGUAGCUCUCCAUUUACAGAAAUACUCGAUAAUGUUCCCCUGAGAAAUCGGGAAAUUUCAUCCUCAUUACUGUCAAUCUGUUGUCAUGCAAGGUCAUCAUUUCAGGGAGCUCAACACCAUAACUUGACUACCCAAGAGGAUGGUCAGUUGGUCAUGUUUUCUGAGCAUGAGCAACAAGUUGAUAAAAGCCUGAUAUCUGUUGUUAAGUCAGAUAAGGCAGGUCUACAUAUAAGAGACUUUCAUGGUCGUUGGGUCCUUGUAGAUGAGGAUCUUGGUCCCCAAGAAGCCAUUGUUUACCCUGGACUUGCUCUGUAUCAGGCAACUGCUGGCUAUGUAAGCCCUGCGCUGCACAGGACAGAGAUUGGUAAUCUGCAGGGUAACUUGUUUGGACGAUGUUCUCUGUCUUUCAAACUCAUGCCUAAAUCAAUGACUAGUCUUAAUUGUUCAGAAAUGAGAGCAGCUGGUCAUGAUGUUGAAGCUCAAUUCCAGCUCCCAGUACCAGUGGAUGACUUCAUGCAGAGAUCGCACCCGACUGAUCAACUAUUUAACAGGCAGAGUUUCCCAAGUUUCAAUUUUCCUGCAGCCCAAGACGGAUCUAUGAAGCCAUUGUUGAGGAGGAGAAAGAAUAACUCGAGAUGCAAACCAUUGCCACCUUCAAAGAGAUUGCGGCUUGAGGCACAACGAGUUCUCAAGGAGAGGGUUCAGGACAUCGCUGAUAAGAAGGGCAUCAAACUGAGGUUUUGCACCCUGAAGGAGUGUGAAAGUCACAUCCACACACUCGAUAGCCCAUGUGCCAAUAUAAGAAUGGAAAUUGGGUGGCCACCAGGAGUGCCAUUUGUUCAUCCCCAUGAUCUGCCUAACAAGGCAAAGAUUGGAUUUCUAGAAACAUAUGAACCUGGUUGGACAGCCACUCAUGAUAUGGAGUUAAGUCUAAUCGACCCUGGACAGCCAAGUCAACACUCAGCAAACCAAAACUGAAUGAAUCUCCAUAGUCCCAGUAUGUGGCUACCCUUGAACUUGUUAUCGUUUUCAUGUUGGGGGGAGUUGCUCCAUAGUUUCACAUGUGUCUAUCUUUGCCUGCGUAAUGAUCACCCUUUGGAGUUCUGUAUCUCUUCUCGUCCUGGAGCAAGUGUUCUUGACUUACCAUCUGCAAUUUCCAUCCAAGUUUUUGGAGAAUAUAUAUAUAACACAUCUUGUUGAGUUGAGCUGCAAAUAAAUAAUUUGUUCAAUGGAGACCUCUGCAUAAAGUGUUGCAUCGAAUGAUGGUGAGAGAUCUAAUCUUGGUUGGAGAAGACAUGAAAAAACAAUAUUUGGAGUUGAAGUGCUGCGGGAGAUUUAACCUCCUCCUUCACUGCCCGUGGCAGAUUGGAUGUUUUUGGGGGCAGACAAGGUCAUCUGUGUUGAAAUGGAAGUAUUCAUUGUAUAUGGAUUAAAGAAAGCAAAAACACUAUGUUCAUUUUUUAUUUCUCUUUUUGGAUGGAGGAAAGCACAAGGUUUUUCUUUUAGUUGUAUUAAGUUUGUUGCAUUCCAUUUUUUUCGAUUUUCUUUGUUAUGAAAAAUGGAAACUUAGCUGGCCAGUUCUUGGUACUUCUUGGGCUUUGCUUUUCUGAUGGUAGCUCUUGUUCUGUUUUGAUGGUUC